UCAAUUUAUGUAAAAUUAAAAUAUAAUCUCCUCAUUAAACAAAUGAAUUAAAUAUCUGUUCUUUAAAAAUGCUCUGGUGCAAAUUUUAUUAUUAUAUUACAUCUUUCAUAAUGAUAUUCAGCUUUUUUGGCAUUUUAAUGUAAAUUGAAGUUUAAUUAAAUGCAGCUCGCAUACGUUGAACGAUAGAAACAUGCUACGUGAACUAAAAUGUUAUUUUACAUGAGAGUAUAUAAUUGAAAAUCGCAUAUUUGUUUCUAGACUUUCUAUCCUCUCGUGGCACGCGCCGAAUUGCACGACGACGCCAUGCCGAUCGAAUUCAUGCAAGAUCGCAAACUGGACUUCCUCGAUUAUUCCAAGCUGAAGCCGUUUACUCAGGACUGGGAGCUGACUAAGGGCGCGAUGCCCUGGGGAAACGCUGUUAGGAGAUGGGCUGAGAUGCAGGAUGGUCAGAGGAUCCUGCUGACUACGCCCAGCGUCCUGGUCGGCUUCAGGGUCGAAGUUUAUCGGGCGGAAGGCACCACGCAAUGGUACACAGCCGUGAUUGUCGGUUACAACGAGUCCACCAAGGAUUUGACUGUCACUGACGACACGGUUCUUGAAGACCACAACGAGGAUCCUACGUUAGUACAAAUGCGACUGAUUGGCGACGGAGUCGUCGAGAGCAUCAUGAGGGGCGAGGUCGUCGGCAUGACACCAAGGAGGUCGAGGUCAUCGACUGCUCUGACGCACGCGCUCGUUGUGCCACGACCUGGAAGAAGGCCUCGAAGACGGCCAGGAAACGCGGCGCAGUUACAGACAACCCCGAGGGUACAAAGCCCGGUAUCACAACAGCUUGAAAAAGAGAAGAACAACGCCCGUAACAAUCGACGUCGCCGCGUAAGCGAGGGUGCCAGUCGCGAGAGAACCGAAAAGGAUACGGCGGAGACCGCGUUGUCCACGCGACAGCAGGAGGAUCGCGAAAACAAGGGUCCACCGACGGGCAAAGUAGGCAAUCGUGUUGCACGACCGGUCCUAGAGGAGAACAGUGCGCCGGGAAGCGCCUCAAAGUUACGAAGACGCGGCGCCGCGGUAAAGAGUCCGACCACCGACCACCAGGGUCCGGCGCAGCAUCAGAGGCCGGUACGAAGAAGGCCAAGGCCAGGAGGUGGUCAGGAAGUCAAGACAGACGCAGAAGGGGAGACUGUCGAGCAUCAUCAUCGUACCGGAAGCGGCGCCAGACCUGACAAGGACGAGCGUCUCGGUAACAGAUCGGAAGAGGAGGAAGAGGAGGAGGAGGAAGAGGAGGAAGAGCAUCUCGAGGGAGAGGAUGAAGAGAAUCAGGAACGGUGCGAUCCAUUGACUAAGCGGCUAAGAACAAGCCCCGUCGGCAGAAAGCUCCGGUCUGAGAGUAGCAAGGGCAAAAACGUCGAAGAAGUUACAGCGGAUCGGACCAGGGAGGCGGUGGUGGAGGCAGAGGGGGAAGACGAAGAGGAAGACGACGACGAGGACGACGUUGAGGAGGAAGCGAGGGUGGAAAAACACGACGGGGCCGAACGGGAGGUCGGCAAACUCGAGGAGGACGAGGAGAGUCAGUCCAGGGAACGAGACAGAGAACCCGAGCCACCACCUCCAGAUAAAGUCGAUCCCGGAGGCGAUCCGGCUUCCAAAGAGGAGCGGCAAUCAGAUAACAAAUCGGAAUCGAAAAAGGACGCUCGCGCGGCCGAUUUGGUUGCAGAUAAGAUCAGCGAGCGCAAGGAAGAGCAACAACAGGGACAACAUCAACAGCAGCAACAACAACAACAAAAACAACAGCAGCAACAACCACAGCCACCACAGUUACUCGUGAAUGGAUUGCACGUCGACUCGCCGCUGGUCAGCGAUAAGACGAAUGCCAUCCAUGAGGGUAGCCCGUCGCCGCUGAAGUUGACUCGAUCGAAGACAAAAGGGUUCGCGGAAGACGAUAGAGAGGACCGAUCACGACGCACAGAACUGACUACCACCGAGUUAGGCACGGAGGAUAGCGUGGGUAGCGUCGGCGGCGUGAGGGCGGCCAGCGUCGAAUCGGUCGUCGAGCUGCUGGAGUCGAGUAGUCAGGACUCAGGCUCCGUGCUGGAGAGGCUGAGUCCGUUUAGUAGCAGCGGCGGCGGCGGCCCCGGCAGGCAGAACAGCCUGCUCCUGGAACAGCAGCGGGAGCAGGAACGUAGUCGGCACAACGAAAGCCCGAUUAUCCUUGCCGAGAGGCUGAACAAGCCGCCACCGCCGAUCGCCGGUCACCAUCAUCAUCACCAUCUGCAACCCUACCAUCAGCCGCAUCAUCAGCAACAACAGUUUCAUCACCACCAUCAACAACACCACCAGCAACGUUACUCCGCCAACAGUCCGGUGAUCCACCAUCACCACCAACAGCAGCAACAACAGCCGCCGUCGCAACAUCAUCAUUAUCAGCUAGGGCGGCGAUGA